ACUGCCAGCAAUUAAUGAUCCAGCCAUGGCUCAGCAAUUUAAAAAGUGCUUCGGUUCGGAUUUGGCUUUGAGGUUGGCUUUUAUUAUUAUGUUUUGUUGGUGGAUCGGCGAAUCGGCGAAUCGGUGGCGUAUACGCGAUGUUCCCAUCCCAGACAUACUUGAGGCAUGUUGGCCUACCAGCCAGCCAGACAAGUGCAUUGUGCCGCGUUCUCAACCUUCCUUUGGGAGCUCCGAGGGAUUGGAUCGCAUCGCAUCGGAUCGGAUCGGAUCGGAUGGAGGUGACUCAACUGAAAAUGGAAAACGAUUAGUUCCGCAGCAAUGGCUAUAAAAACGGAGCCAAGUUCUGGGUUAGAACAUCAGUUGCAGUUGCACUGCCUCAGUUGCCCCAGCGGUUUACCACAAGGAUUACUCUUUUUUUUUCUGUGUGUGUUCUCUCUGUGAUCUGAAAUGCGCCACGCUUUCGUCCUGGUCUUUGUGUGCGGUCUGAUGGUCGCCCUGGCCUCUGCCGGCCUGCUCGGCGGCGGAGGAGGAGGUGGCGGCUAUGGAGGCGGCGGAAGCGGAGGCGGCGGCCAAGGAGGCUAUGGAGGAGGCGGUGGCCAGGGAGGUGGCGGCUACGGAGGUGGCGGUGGCAAGCAUGGAGGCGGCGGCGGCGGCGGCCAGGGAGGCUAUGGCGGCGGUGGCGGCAAGCACGGAGGCGGCGGCGGCGGACAAGGAGGCUAUGGAGGCGGUGGCGGCGGACAAGGAGGCUACGGAGGCGGCGGCGGUGGAGGCAGCAAGUCCCUGGCCGGAAACCGCGGCUCCUCCGUCUCCUGGCAGGGCGGUAACUCUGGCGGCGGUGGCAACAAGCACGGCGGCGGAGGAGGCGGCGGCCAAGGAGGCUACGGUGGCGGAGGAUUCGGCAAAGGAGGCGGCGGCCAGGGAGGCUAUGGUGGCGGCGGAUCCGGAGGCGGUGGCUAUGGAGGCGGCAACCAGGGAGGCGGACACCACGGCGGCGGCGGAGGAGGCGGUGGCCACCAUGGCGGCGGCGGUGGUGGUGGCAAGUACGGAGGCGGUGGCGGUGGAGGAUGGUAGACCCAAUCCACAAGCUAAUCCCAGCCAGCUCCAACCCAAACCCCUACCAAGAGCAGCCAGUCCUCCGGCUGCUGCCGACAUGUGUUCCAUGGCAUAGAGAUAGUGGACAUCCCCGGAGAAAUCCCGAUUACUUAUUUUCAAUUCCCACAAAAUUGGAUGCCCUUCUAUUUCUGCCUGUUUUCUCAACCUAAACUUAUUUUUUUGUUAACAAAUAAAACAAUUAUACGCAUUUUUAAAUCACUGAAGUUUUUAUGGGAGGUUGCGGAACUAAGUUUGGUUUUGGGAUUAGAGAUGCAUUGUUAUAUUAA